CCUCCCGUCUCGCCGAUAUGACGGGCAAGAGGCUCCGCUCGCCCGCCGUCGCUUCUUACCACGUUUGGGUCGCAGUCGUCAUCCUCCGGCGGUCGCCGCGGUGCUCUUUUGUGUCGUGGAAGUGGGGCAAAGUAACAAGAAGUGCGGGACAUGUGGCGACUGACGACGUGGCUCGUGCUUCUUCUAAGUUGCUCGGCGCUGGCAGCAUACGAAUGCAACCAGUAUCAGUUGAAGUGCGGCAACGGCCGCUGCGUCACCCGCAGAUGGAUUUGCGACGGCUGGGACGACUGCGGCGACGGAACCGAUGAACUCACUGAAAACUGCUUGGGCAGACUGUGUCUGGAGUCCGAGAUGAGCUGCGGUCCCCCCCAGCAUCAGUGUCUGCCGCAGAUCUGGCACUGCGACGGCGACGUCGACUGUCAAAACGGCGCUGACGAGCAAAACUGCUCGGCAAAGCAGUGCACAGCCCAGCAGUUUCGCUGUGACAGCGGUCAAUGCAUCUACUCCAGCUAUAUGUGCGACAACGACAGGGACUGCGCCGACGGCUCAGACGAGGCCUCCUGCCCAAAACCCACCUGUAACCCGCAAUACUUCCAGUGUAACAACUCGAGGUGCGUGCCCGAUAGCUGGCGCUGCGACGGCGACGCGGACUGCAGCGACGCCUCUGACGAGUGGCCCCAGAACUGUGCGGACAACCGCCCCCACAUCCCCGUGGUGACUUGUGGGGACCACCAGUUCCAGUGCGCCGAUGGCCAGUGCAUCCACUGGAUGUGGAGCUGUGAUGGAGACAAAGACUGCAAUGAUGGGUCGGAUGAAGUCAACUGCACUGCCCCUAGCUGUCGCCCCGAUCAGUUCCCGUGUAGUAACGGCACGUGUAUCCACGGCAGCAGUCAGUGCAACAACGUGCGCGACUGCCCGGAUUCCAGCGAUGAGAUCGGCUGCCAAGCAGAAGUCGCAUGCGACGCCCCCACUCAAUUCAAGUGCGGCAGCGGGGAGUGCGUCGGCACGGCCAAGGUGUGCGACAAGCAGCAAGACUGUCUAGACAAUUCGGAUGAACCAGUCGGACAGUGUGACCAGAACGAGUGCUUGAUUGGAAAUGGCGGCUGCUCCCACGGUUGCAUUGAUCACAAACUCGGCUACAGCUGCUCCUGCCCUCCUGGAUACGGACUGAAAGCGGACGAAAGAAGCUGUGAAGACGUCGACGAAUGUGCGGACCCGGACAUUUGCAGUCAGAUUUGCAUCAAUGAGCCUGGAGGCUACAAGUGCGAUUGUAACGAAGGCUAUCAGAUGGACCCUGCCAGCAAGACUUGCAAAGCCGUGUUAGGGGCCAGGCCCACACUUUACUUCACCGACAAGCACGACGUGAGGAUGGUGACGGUGGAUCGCCAAGAGUACAUGCCUGUGAUGAGCGAGCUGAAGAACGCAGUUGCUCUGGACAUUGACAUGCCCAACAAGAUCAUCUUCUGGUCGGACCUUUCAGACAAGAAAAUCUACAGCUGCAGGAUCGACGUGGCCGCCAACACGUCCCGGCACAAAGUGGUGAUCGGCGAUGGGAUCGAGGCCCCGGAAGGCCUCGCCGUGGACUGGAUCCACGGCAACAUCUACUGGACCGACGGUUCUUUGCAGACCAUCUCCGUGGCGACGACAGACGGCCGCAAGAGGAAGACGCUGAUCGCUGACAAUAUUCACAGGCCGAAAGCCAUAACGGUGGAUCCCGUCAACAACUUCAUGUACUGGAGCGACUGGGGCGACGAGGCGAAGAUAGAAAAGAGCGGUUUGAACGGAGCCGACCGUGUCGCCUUGGUAACCGACAACAUAGUGUGGCCCAAUGGAAUCUCCUUCGACAUGGCCAACCAGCGCCUCUACUGGGUGGACUCCAAGUUACACACGCUGUCCAGUGUGGACGCGAACGGAGGGAGCAGACACACCCUCAUUUUCAGCGAAGAGAACCUCUCACAUCCCCGCUCUCUGACUCUGUUUGAGGAUGAAGUGUUUUGGACGGAUGCGGACAACGGCGCCGUUUUCAGUGCCGACCGGAAGACGGGAGAAAGCAUCACGGCGCUCGCCGAGGACCUGGACCACCCAGAGGACAUCGUGCUCUACCACGACCUCAAGCAACCGAACGGUUCCAACUGGUGCACAGAGGGCGACUGUCUGAACGGAGGCUGUGAGUUCCUGUGCCUUCCUGCGCCUGUCAUCAACCAACGCUCGCCCAAGUACACCUGCGCCUGCCCUGAUAACAUGAGCAUGGCGCCCGACAUGAGGAAAUGUGUGGCAGCGCCUCCUGCCGUAAGCGACGAGGGUGAGCCACACGAAAGCACAGUUCCGACAAAUACCAGCACGACUGCUGAAACCACCACCACGACCUCCACCAAUCGGUCGCGGAAGCCCGACGUCUCCCCCAGGCUUCCGCCUUCUGAUCCCGCUCAAGCAGACAGACAUGCAGACGAGCCCGCAGAGGCGCAGUCGUCCCACACUCCUGCUCUCUACAUCGCAAUUCCAAUUGUGGCCGUGUUCCAUUUGGUGUUGGGAGCAUUGUUGCUAUGGAGACACUGGCGACUGAGGAACACUAACACCAUCCGCUUUGUCAACCCCGUGUACCAGAAGACCACCGAGGACGAGGAGCAAUGCUUCAGGAACUCUGAAGGCUACGUCCAUCUACAGAGGCAAAUGCUGAUUGUGGAGGAGGACAUAGACACUGCAUGACCACAACAUGCUGAAGAUAUUCAGUUUGAUUGUUUUUUUUCCAGAACAAAAAUGAAGCCUUUUUUUUCUUUUUUUUUUUUGAAAUAACUUGUCAUUUUUGUGACUUUGUUUUUGACCUCAGCACCAUCCAAAGAAGCACCGGACAUUACGUCUGGAUUAUUGCACAGCUUGUCGUUUGUGACUGAAUGUAACCAAAGCUUUUUGCAACAUUUCUUUUUUGCUGGUGCCUUGAGCUACUGUAAACGAGGACCCAUUGGGAUGCCGCCCAAUUAUUCAGGAACAGUGAUUCAAAAGCCAAUCCAAUCAGUGACGUCUUGAAACAAGUGUGCCUUUCAGACACUUGCUGGAUGUUGUAGGUCAUUUCCAUUAACUACCUUUUUGAUGCUCACGCCUGUAACUCUACUGUAUGGUAGUUAACGUCUGUAAGCUUUUAUUUAUUUAUUUUUAUUUCUAGUCAUGACAACCGUAAAGGAUGUGAAGGUUUCAAUGACUUGGUCAAAAGUGUGUCUGUCUUCUCCAGAGAGUCGCACUGCUCAACUUUGUGAGGCGUUAUGCUCUCGUUGAAUGAAGAACUCCAAUAUUAGGGCUGGGCGAUUAUGGGGGGGGGAAAAAGAAUUAUCACGAUUAUUUUGAUCUAGAAAUCACGAGGAAUAAACACCAUUAUUAUUAUCUAACUACCAAUACUCAACUUUAAAUAUAGCUUAAAAAAAACAGAAAAUAAAUUGGUAACAAAAUACAACCCCAAUUCCAAUGAAGUUGGGACGUUGUGUUAAACACAUAAAAACAGAAUACAGUAAUUUGCAAAUCAUGUUCAACCAUUUAAUUGAAUACACUACAAAGACGAGAUAUUUAAUGUUCAAACAACUUUGUUUUUAGUCAUUAACUUAUAAUUUGAUGGCUGCAACACGUUCCAAGAAAUCUGGGACACGGUCAUGUUUACCACUGUUACAUCACCUUUUAACAACAUUCAAUAAACGUUUGGGAACUGAGGACACUAUUUCUUGAAGCUUUCCAGGUGGAAUUCUUUCCCGUUCUUGCUCGAUGUACAGCGUCAGCAACAGGCCGGGGUCUCCGUUGUCGUAUUUUACGCUUCAUAAUGCACCAUAUAUUUUCAAUGGAGACAGGUCUGGACAUCCAUGAAAAAGACGUUGCUUGGAUGGCAGCAUCCAUGAAAAAGACGUUGCUUGGAUGGCAGCAUAUGUUUCUCCAAAACCUGUAUGUACCUUUCAGCAUUAAUGAUGCCUGCACAAAUGUAAGUUACCCAUGCCAUCGGCACUAAUUGGGCCAUAACGGUCCAGAUGGUUUUUUUCCUCUUUGGCCCGGAGGACACGACGUCCACAAUUUCCCAAAAACAAUUUGAAAUGUGGAAUCGGACCACAGAACACUUCCACUUUGCGUCAGUCCAUCUUAGAUGAGCUCAGGCCCAGAAGCCGGCGGCGUUUCUGGGUGUUGUUGAUAAAUGGCUUUUGGUUCGCAUCUUGUACUUACGGCUGUAGUGCUGAACUAUUUACUGACAUUGGUUUUCUGAAGGCGGCACGGUGGCCGACUGGUUUGUGCAUGUUAUACUUUACAUGCUGAAUGCAAGUGGGAAAAUGAACAUGACCACCAUUUGGAUUCAAUGGAAAGUCAGUUGUGUCCCUUUUAUCAGGCGGCACGGUGAGCGACUGGUUAGAUCGUCUGCCUCACAGUUCUGAGGACGGGGGUUCAAUCCCCGGCCCUGCCUGUGGAGUGCGUGUUCUUCCCGUGCCUGCGUGGGUGUUCUCCGGGCACUCCGGUUUCCUCCCACAUCCCAAAAACAUGCAUGGUAGGUUAAUUGACAACUCUAAAUUGCCCGUGCAAAUGGUUGUUUGCUUCUAUGUGCCCUGCGAUUGGCUGGCAACCAGUUCAGGGUGUACCCUGCCUCCUGGCCGAUGAUAGCUGCGACCCGAGUGAGGAGUAGCGGCUCAGAAAAUGGAUGGAUGGUUUACUGAAGUGUUCCUGAGCCCACGUGGUGAUAUCCUUUACGCAUUGAUGUCGGUUUUUGAUGCAGUGCCGCCUGAGGGAUCGAAGGUCACGGGCAUUCAAUGUUGGUUUUCGGCCUUGCGGCUUACAUGCAGUGAAUUCUCCAGAUUCUUGAACCUUUUGAUGAUGAUGAUAUGGAGCGUAGAUGAUAAAAUCCCCAAAUUCCUUGCAAUUGUACGUUGAGGAACAUUGUCUUUAAACUGUUGGGACUAUUUUAUCACGCACUUAUUCACAAAGAGGUGAACCUCGCCCCAUCUUUGCUUGUGAAUGACUGAGCAAUUCAGGGAAGCUCCUUUUCUACCCAAUCAUGGCAGCCACCUGUUCCCAAUGAGCCUGUUCACCUGUGGGAUGUGUUUGAUGAGCGUUCCUCAACUUGCCACCUGUCCCAGCUUUCUUGGAACGUGUUGCAGCCAUAAAAUUCUAAGUUAAUGAUUAUUUGCUAAAAACAAAGUUCAUCAGUUUGAACAUUAAAUAUCUUGUCUUUGUAGUGUAUUCAAUUAAAUGGUUUAACAUGAUUUGCAAAUUAUUGUAUUCUGUUUUUAUGUUUAACACAACGUCCCAACUUCAUUGGAAUUGGGGUUGUCGUAAUAUAUUACAAAAUAGAAAUAAAAAUAAUAAAUAAAAAUAGUCAUGGCUAAAACCAUUGGCACGCCUUGGGUGACUGUCUUAUUACUGUAUAUAUAUUUGUCUAAAAAUAUAUACAGUAAUUAUAUCAAACAGAAAUAAUGUUGGUAAUCCUAAUUGACCUAAAACAAGAUUCAUUUAUUUAUUUUUUGUCAUAAUUUUAUGAGACGGGGGGAAAAAACAUUUGUCUUUUUAUACAAAGCGCCGUUCCUGCUCUGCACUCCUUGGCCUCUUAGGGGCAGUGUGGUGCGAUGUAUGCAUGGAGCUGCAUAUUUAUAGUCGGCUAACAAAAAAGAGAAGAAGAGAGUUGCAAUAAUACUUCAACGCGUUUUUCAAAUUUGGAAGACUAUACGCCAGUGAAUAUUGUUACAUUGAUGGUUGUAUGUGCAAUAAUACUUCAACGCGUUUUUCAAAUUUGGAAGACUAUACGCCAGUGAAUAUUGUUACAUUGAUGGUUGUAUGUGUUGCUACGCUGUUUGUGAAUAUUCUUGUAUGUGUUGCUACGCUGUUUGUGAAUAUUCGUUAUUUGAAGGUGAAUCUCGCCCGUGAUCCAAUGCUACUGUUAGCUAACCCUUCAAGUGUUGGCAUACGCUGGCGAUGUCUUGUAUUUAAAUAUACAAUAUAUAAUGUG